AAUAUUCAAACAAAAUUUCCGUCAUUGCUGACAGUUUAAUAAAGAGACUUGCAUAACCCGAUCCAAAACAAAAAGAAGAAGAAAUAUUUAAAAAUAAUCCAAGUCACCACUGAAUUUAUUUAUUUAUUUAUUUUGAUGUUUGUGUUUAUGUCAAUCUUUCGAUCCUCGUCCAUUUUCUAAACCAUGGAAUCGUCCGAUGAUAUUUCAGACUACGAAAGUCUAAAACAAAAUUAUCAACGACUAAAAAGCGAACUGGAUAAUACGAAAUCGGAAUUGUUCGAAGCCAAGUGUACCCUCAAAGUAUUGGAGGCCAUGAAGCAGGAUUACCAGAAAGAAAUCGAUCAAUUGGAAACCCAGGAUAUACUGCAUAAACAAAAGUUUGAGGAGGUAGUGAGGUACCUGGAGAAGAGCAUUAUCGAUAUCAAAGAGAAAAAUAGCGAGGAAAAACUAAGUUUGGAUAAUGUCAUUUCGAGUAUGGAAGAGCUGAGAUCAAAGGUGACAUCUGCAGAUUGGAAUAAUAAUCCUAUCAGCUUUUGUGGCGAUACCAGUAGUUACAUCAAAGGACUUAUUUCUGAUUCCAUGGGUUACUAUGAAGGUGUCAACGAAGCUGACCGUGUGGAAAACUACACGUGAUAGAUGAUUUAGUAUUUGUGUGUAGAGGAAAAAUUUUAAGUGUAAAAACUAUAUAUCACCCUAAAUAUGUAUAUUAUCGAUAACUACUUAAAAUUUUUCAAUAAAGUGCAAAAUUUUAUAUGAAGUAUAUCUUAGGGAUAGAAAUUAGACCUAAAUAAAGCAGCACGGGGGAAAUUUCUGUUUCAAACAU